AUACAGGCAGCCAGUCAUUUUAUAUCUUCGCAACUAGGCUGUGGUAGCCGCGGAACUUUACAAACUUUGAUAAAAAAAUGUGUGUUUGACGCCGAUUUAUGUGUUGUUGAUUGUAAAUAAGUGUUGUAUUGUGUAAAAAAGUGAAGGAAAUUUGUGUUAUGAAGUUAAGUUGACGCAGCUACAAAGGAACUUCGGGUGUAUUGCUUAUUUACCUGAUGGCGGGGUCGGGGGGGCCUGGGGGGCAGGUGGAGUGGGCAGCGGGCGCGGCGGUGUGGUUCCAGCCGCCAGGAGCGCCCGCUCCGCUGCCCGGGGACCUGCUCGAGGUGCACCGCGCCGCCCGCGUGCUUCUCGUUAGUGCCCUGGUCAAUGGACAGCCCCAGACAUUCGCCCUCCAAAUGGGCAAUGGCGAAGAGGAGGGCGACCCGGUGUGGCCGCGCGAGGAACUCGGCCCUAACGGAGUGGAGGACAUGACUCGCCUCCAUGACCUCCACGAAGCUGCGUUACUAUGGAACUUGAAGCUGAGAUACGAACAGGGUCUUAUUUAUACAUACGCGGGGUCCAUACUUGUAGCUGUUAAUCCUUACAGACCUGUUGAUUCGUUGUACGGGCUGCAGACUGCUAGAAGAUACCAUGCGGCGGAAGCACUAGGAGACCUACCACCGCACCUGUUCGCGAUCGCCGCCGCUGCCCGAUCCUCUUUACCACACCCGCAAGCUAUACUGAUAUCAGGGGAAUCGGGCGCGGGAAAGACGGAAUCUACCAAACUGGCAGUGCAGUUUCUAGCCGCGGUCGCUCCCGCGCCGCUGGGCAGGGCACCUGUAUCCGAACAGAUACUUGAGGCGGCCCCAUUGCUGGAAGCGUUCGGAAACGCGAGGACACCAAAAAACCAUAACUCUAGUCGUUUCGGAAAACUUUUAGAACUAUAUUUCAAAGAUGGCGCCCUGGCCGGUGCGAGAGUAGCACAUUAUUUACUAGAAAAGUCGAGAAUAGUCACCCAAUCGCCGGGCGAAAGAAACUAUCAUGUAUUUUAUGAACUGUUAGCCGGAUUGGACGAGGAACAGAGACGUACGAGAGGUCUCCUGACGGCGGAGCAUUAUUUCUAUUUAAAUCAGGGAGGUGACUCUGGAGGUGCUGGCGCGGGAGCCGAUUGGUCCGCUCUGUGCGGCGCUAUGCAAGUGCUUGGCAUUGGUGAUGCUGAAAGAGAAGACAUUAUAAGGGUAUUGGCCGCCGUUCUUCAUUUAGGAAAUGUAUACUUCCACAGAAGACAGUUGCGUCACGGACAGGAAGGAGUUCAGUUAGGAGGUGGUGCCGAAGUGCGUUGGGCGGCGCAUUUAUUAAAGGUACCUGCAGAAGCACUUGCACGCGCUUUGACAACGAGGGUGACAGCCGCCCGUGCUGAGCGUAUGAGAUCACCUCUACCGAUAGACCAGGCCUUGGAUGCCAGAGAUGCGUUCGCGAAGGCGCUCUAUUCUUCUCUUUUCAACUGGCUUGUUUUAAGAAUCAACUCGAUAGUCCACCGCUCGGGUCUACACGACGCACAUCGGAUAUCUCUCCUCGAUAUCUUCGGCUUCGAAGACUUGGAAGAGAAUUCCUUCGAACAACUCUGUAUUAAUUACGCAAACGAAACGCUUCAGCAUUAUUUUAAUAAGCAUAUAUUCAAACUGGAACAACAGGAGUAUCAGAAGGAGCGAUUGGAAUGGUCGAAUCUGACUUGGAAUGAUAACUCUCCAGUGAUCCAACUACUCAGUAAGAAGCCGGUGGGCAUUCUGCAUCUGUUGGACGACGAGAGCAACUUCCCUCGCGCUUCGGACGCCUCGUUCCUGGAGAAGUGUCACUAUAACCAUGCCCUAAAUGAGUUGUACUCAAGGCCUAGAUUGGGAGCUAACGAGUUCGGAAUUAAGCACUACGCGGGUCAGGUGUGGUACAAUGUGGAGGGCUUUUUAGACAAGAAUCGCGACGCACUCCGCGGGGACGUGCUGGAGUUGCUGUGCAGUAGUGAUGUGCCGCUUGUCGCCGAGAUGUCUAGCCAGCUUCGCGCGCAGCAUGACAACAACAAGACAUUGCCACGCGGCGCUAAUGGACGCUUUGUUACCAUGAAGCCGAGGACUCCUACUGUCGCAGCUAGAUUCUCCGACAGCCUGCACCAGCUGCUGGAGUCGAUGACGCGCUGCAACCCAUGGUUCGUGCGCUGCAUUAAGCCGAACACGGAGAAGUCGCCAAUGAAAUUCGAACUGCCGUGCGUGUUGGCGCAGCUGCGCUACACUGGCAUGCUCGAUACCAUCAAGAUACGUCAAACUGGAUACCCCAUACGGAUACCGUUCCAGAACUUUGUUGACAGAUAUCGCUACUUGUUGAAGACGAAUCCGGCUCGUGCUACGCCCUACAGAGAGAUAUGCAAUUCAAUUCUCGCCGAGAUGCCGCCAACUGGCGCUGCGGGCGCGGACUACCAGCUGGGCGCGGCGCGCGUGUUCGUACGCGAGGCGCUGCACCGCGGGUUGGAGCGAGCCCGCGCAGACAAGCUGCGAGCCGCCGCUACCACGCUACAGGCGCAUAUCAGAGGAUAUCUAGCUAGAAAACGAUACAACCAGCUGCAAGCGUCGACUGUUCGUAUCCAGUCGUGGUGGCGCGGGGCGCGCGACCGGCGGCGGUUCGUGCGCGCGCGUCGCGGCGUGGUGCGUGCGCAGGCGCUGGUCCGCGCGCGCCGGGCGAGGCGCCGCGUCGCCGCGCUGAAGGAACAGAGAGAUGCUCAGAGACGCCGCCAGGAGGCGCAGCAGGCGGCCGCUAAACGCCGUGCGGCGGAGCAGAAGGCGAAGGCGGAGAGCCUGCAGGUGCUGGAAGUACCGGCGGAGCUCGCCUUCAUACUGUCCAAGAUCGAUGAGACACAACCCUUGCAUACCGAGAAGAACAUUACCAAGGUGUCAGGUGAUGUGUUCGCGGAGGAGGAGCGCAUCCAGCUACCAAAAGACCUGCAGCAGUUUGCGUUCUCCAAGUUCAGCUCAGUGUACUUCGCGGACGGCGGCCAGCUCAGCCCCAAGAAGCAACCUAUCACCAAACCCUUCCUUUCAAAGGCUGCAGUCAGAGACCAAGACUUCAACGAUGCGAUCGCUGUAUUCAAAUUAAUCUUGCGCUGGUGUGACGAAUCCGCUGCCGGAGAUGAUACGCGGCAAAAGGUGUUAGCUGACUACAUAGCGUCCCGCGGGAUAGCGUCGCGCGGGCUGCGGGACGAGAUCCUGGUGCAGCUGGCCAACCAGGCGGCGGGCGGCGCGCACAGCGACCGCGUCUGGAGGCUCGUCGCGCACUGCCUCGCCUCCUUCCAGCCCGGCCCCGCCCUGCACAAGUAUCUAUUGAGACUGAUAUCCGAGUCGACAACGGGACGUCAACGUAGCCGACUUCUGCGGCUGGCGGGCGGCGCGGAGGCUGCGCAGGCGCGGGCGGCGGGCGUGGCGCGCCGGGCGCCGCCCACUGCUCUUGAGUGGAGGGCCGGAGACAACUCCCUACCUGCUCUGCCACUGCGGCUGUACGAUGAUACGCUGAGACAUGUUAGCGUAGACGCGUGGACGACGUGCGAGCGCGCCGCAGCCGCAGCACUGGCCGCCGCCGGACAUCAGCGCGGCCUCACCGGCUGGUCGCUCACUAUGGAGCACAACGGACAACUCACGGAGUGGGCGGGGUGCGAGUUCGCGCUGGACGCGGUGGGCGAGGUGGAGGCGUGCCCGCCGGACAGGCCGGCGCCCCCUCCCCCGGCUCCAGAUGCAUCAUUCGCGCAGCUGCGCCGUGAUCGAGAUACUUUUGGUGUUCACCAGAACAGGGAAGCCGACGAUCGAAACGCUUUCCUAGCCAACUGGAGCUCGCGUAGAAAGGACGAGACCGAUUCGAAUCAGGGCGACGACUUAGCAUCUCGCUUUUUAACCUCCGACCGACGAGAGCGUCGUGUCAACGAGUGGGGAGACGAGUCUGACAUCAGAGGUUACAGUGAAGAGAGACAGCAAAACGGCCGUGACGAAUGGGACUCAGAAUCCGGCCUCGAUACGACGGACAGGCGUGAUUUACGACGGGACAGUUUUUCUGGUCGUGAAGCAUCUGAGAUAUACGAGAUUCACCCAACUCGAGCAGAGAGGAGAAAAGAUGAAAAUGAACUGGCGGCCACCUUCGAACGUAAACGUUCCUCUUCAUAUUUUGACGAGUUCGAACGAUUCGAUGGACGAAAGAAUUCAAGGGACAUGCUAGUCGGACGCAUGAGAGACAGUCCAAGAUCGGACGUCGUGUUUCCACCGGAAAAUACUGAAACGUCGAAGAGACCGGAGAGGGCUACGUUUAAAACUCACAUGGCGCAGAAAGAGAGGGAAAGAAAGAUUGAAGCUGAAAGAAGGCAAUCCGUUUCAACCCAUGUCACCGAUAGAACGGAACACAUUGAACGCGAUGUCCCGGCCCCAGCUGCCUUGCUUCCGUCAGAUCGUGCCUACUUGACGUACACGCGAGUACCGUGGAAACUGCGCGUGCGCAAAGAAGUUUUCACGCCUCUAGAGACUUACAGCGAGCCAAACAUUUUGGAUUUACUUUACGCACAAAUCGUCAGCGACAUAACGUCAAACAUGGCGUCGCUGCGUAUCAGCGCGUCGGAGCGUCGUGCGGGGCAGGCGUGGCUGCGGGCGCAGGGCGGCGCGGGGGGCGGGGCGCCGGCGCGCGCGCACACUAAGCGUGCCUGCGUCGAAAUGGCGCGCGGCUGGCCCUUCUACUUCGCGAGGCUGUUCUCCGCGCGACUGCCGCCAGGGGAGAGCGCCGUGCUGGCUGUUACACACGCCGCUGUUGUAAUCGGGGUUAAAGGUCCAUCUGGUCUGACGGUACGGCGCACACUAUCGCUGGGCGGGUUGCGCGCGUCCGCGCCCGCGCCCGGUACGCUGCAGCUGUCGCCCGCGCGCGACGCCCCACUCACGCUGCACGCGCCGCUCGCGCACCAUGCACACGCCCUUAUCGCAGAGUUUGCAUUGCAAUAUACACAGAUACAACCAAAGCCGAUGACAAAUGGCAUCACAAUUAAGGAGCGUAUUAUAGAACGUGAUAGCAGAGAAUCCAGGGAGAUAAGAGAAUCCAGAGAGUCAAGAGAAUCCAGAGAUUCCAGGGAUUCGAGGGACAUAAGAGAAAUCCGAGACUCGAGGGACGAGACGGAACACAUUGAAAGGAGAGCACAAACCAAUUCGCCUGUACCCCGUGAGAGAGAAAGAGAUAGGGACAGAGACAGGGACAAGGAGAGAGAAAGAGAGCGAGAUAGGGAAAGAGAACGAGAUAUAAGGGACGAAAGAAGAGACCAAACGACACCACAACACGACGGCAGACAUCCUCUGCUCCAGUUCGCAGUCGACCAUUUCAGACAGAGUCCAGAAUUAGAAAUAUUAAAAGCUGAUUCAUCACUGAAGAGUAAAGCGAAGCGCAACGAAUGGACAUGGAAGGCACAGACAGACGUUGUCAAGUGGCAAGCUGGGCCGCUGCGGGCGCCACUGUUGCGCUUGCCCGCAGCACUAGCGCCACCUGCACUGGAAUGUUUCACCUGUGUUCGGGCUUACUGCGGCGACUUGCAGCCCGCUGAGCGCGCACAGCACCACGACCUCACUGAGGUCAAGUGCGUCUAUACCGUACUCAUGCACUGCCAUUCGGUGCCGGAGCUGCGAGACGAGGUGUACUGCCAGCUGAUGAAGCAGACCACCUCCAACCGUUCCGCCGCGCCCGACUCCUGCCAGCGCGCCUGGCGCCUCAUGUCCAUACUUGCAGCAUACUUCACAUGCUCCGAUACCCUCCGACCGUUCCUGGUGGAGUACCUCUCAGCAGCAGCAGCAGACCGGCGGAGACCCUGCCAGGGCACCGCCUCCGUCUGCCUAGCCAACCUUCGGAAGACGUUGCGUUGCGGCGGCAGAAAGAACGUGCCCAGCGUUGAGGAGGUGACGGCGGUGUCUGCGGGGCGGUCGGCGCGGCGGCAGCUGUACCGGCUGCCGGGCGGCGCCGAGCGCGUCGUCAACACGCGCUGCGCCACCGUCGUGCAGGACAUCGUCAACGAACUCUGCGAACUCAUCGGCGUGAGCAGCGCGGCGGAGCGCGCGGAGUUCUCGCUGUACUGCAUAGUGGCGGGCGACGCGCUGACGAUGCCGCUGGCGGGCGACGAGUACGUGCUGGACGUGACGACGGAGCUGCAGCGCGCGCACCACCCCUUCUACCUCAUCUUCUGCCGCUCCGUGUGGCACCACCCGCUGCGCCACGACGCGCCGCCGCUCUACACAGAGGUGCUCUUCAACCAGGUGGCGCCGGACUACCUGGAGGGGCUGCUGGUGGUGCUGCCGGGCGGCGGCGCGCCCCCCGCGGCGGCGGUGCGCGACGCGGCGCUGGUGGCGGCGCUGCUGCACCGCGCGGCGGGGCUGCAGGAGGCGCCGGCGCCGCGCGACCUGCGCUACCUGCUGCCCAAGCCGCUGCUGGCGCUGCGCGACCCGCGCCCCGCCAAGUGGGCCGCCUGGGUCGCCGCCGAGUGGCCCUCCGCCAGGGCGCUGCCGCCGCCCGCCGCCAAGUCUAAAGUACUACAGGUGUUAUCUCGCUGGCCGCUAUUCGGGUCGUCGUUCUUCGCUGUGCGGCGGGUGUCCGGCGGCGCGGGGGGUGCGGGUGGCGCGGCGGGCGCAGGGGGUGCGGCGGGCGCAGGGGGCGCGGGGGGCGGCGAGUGGCGCGAGCACGUGCUGGCGCUGAACCGGCGCGGCGUGCACCUGCUGCACCCCGCCACGCACGAGACAGACACGCACUGGCCCUACGCUGAGCUCAUCUCCACCAGGAAGGUGCGGUCCGAGGACGGCACUCUGUUCCUGGACGUGAAGUGCGGCUCGCUGCUGCAGCAGCGCGUGACGCGGCUGCAGGCGGAGCAGGCGCACGAGGUGGCGCGUCUCGUGCGCCAGUACGUCGCCCUGCAGCGCGACUCCGCGCACUCGCCGGGUUUCAGCGCCUGACCAUAGAAGCUGACGUGAAUAUUGUGAAAAACAUUCGAAACGAAAGUUUCAGACUUGACUUAAGGAAUUGAAUGAUAACUUAUCCGUCCAAUUUAUGAUCUGAUAAAUGUAUUGUAUGCAAUUACUAAUAAAAAGGGUGAAGAUAGGAAUUAAAUGUCACUAGAAAAACAAUAAUCAGUGUAGAUUUCGUAAAAGUAUCAAAACCUAAUUAAACUUGAAAUAGAUCUUUUACAAAGUUCUAAAAUAUUUUUUUAAUGUCCUAACGACCUGCCAUCUUUAUUGGAGAAAUAAUAGGCUCCCUAAUUAAAAUAUGUGACAGCUAACGUCAAACUGCAAAGAAAAUAACCUAACUUCACUCUUACGAUUAAAAUGAGAAUA